UUCUAUACAGGAUUUGCAAUCUCAGCUAACCAAGGACAUCACCUUGAAGGCUCCAUUGGUCUCUUCUCCCAUGGAUACUGUCACAGAGUCCUCCAUGGCAAUCGCAAUGGCUUUAUGUGGAGGCAUUGGUAUCAUACAUCAUAACUGCACGCCCGAAUUCCAAGCAAAUGAAGUCAGAAAAGUUAAGAAAUAUGAACAAGGUUUCAUCAUGGAUCCUGUUGUGCUUGGUCCUGAUGACACUGUAGGUGAUGUCUUUGGCUCAAAAGCAAGACAUGGCUUUUCAGGAAUCCCGGCUUCUCAAGAUUUGCCACACAAGAUCCUUGGCAUACCAAUCACAGAUACUGGGCGACUAGGUGGUAAACUGCUCGGGAUCGUCACAGCUCGCGAUAUCGACUUCUUGAAACCAGAUAGUUACGUUAAGCCACUCAGUACCGUCAUGACUUCCAGGGAAGACCUGGUGGUUGCUCCGGCCAAUGUAACUCUAAAGCAAGCCAAUGAUCUUCUUCAGAAAGCAAAGAAAGGCAAGUUACCCAUUGUAAAUGAGAAGGAUGAACUGGUCUCUCUCAUCUCUCGCACGGAUCUUAAGAAACAUAGGGAGUUCCCUUUGGCCUCCAAAGACUCCAGGAAGCAACUGCUCUGUGGGGCUGCCAUUGGUACCAGGGAAGAGGACAAUCAGAGACUAGACCUACUAGUCCAGGCUGGUGUAGAUGUAGUCAUACUGGACUCUUCACAAGGAAAUUCAAGCUUCCAAGUAAGCAUGAUAAAGGCCACCAAAGCCAAAUAUCCAGAUCUACAGGUGGUAGCUGGCAAUGUUGUGACUGUGGCACAAGCCAAGAAUCUGAUCCAAGCUGGUGCAGAUGCCUUGAGGGUUGGAAUGGGAAGUGGCUCAAUCUGUAUCACACAAGAAGUAAUGGCCGUUGGACGUCCCCAAGGUACAGCAGUGUAUAGAGUAGCCCAGUAUGCAAGAGGUUGUGGAGUACCUAUCAUUGCUGAUGGAGGCAUCACAACAGUUGGUCACAUCACAAAGGCUCUAUCACUAGGAGCAUCAUCAGUCAUGAUGGGUAGCCUGCUGGCAGGAACCACUGAAGCUCCGGGUGAAUACUUCUUCUCUGAUGGGGUCAGGCUCAAGAAAUACCGUGGUAUGGGAUCACUGGAUGCCAUGGAGAAGAACAAAUCCUCUGCCAAGAGAUACUUCAGUGAGCGUGACAAGCUGAAGGUAGCCCAGGGUGUAUCAGGGUCCAUCGUUGACAAGGGCUCCAUCCACAAGUUUGUACCGUAUCUCAUAGCCGGAAUCCAACAUGGAUGCCAAGACAUUGGGGCUCUUAGCCUCAGUAUUCUCAGAGACAAGAUGUAUGUUGGUGAAGUUCGCUUUGAGAGAAGGUCACCUUCAGCUCAGGUAGAGGGAGGUGUUCACAGUCUUCAUUCGUUCGAGAAGCGUCUGUUUUAAAAGGCAACAACCAAGAGUUCUGCAGCUUCUCACUAUCUUCACAAAGUUUUGGAGGCUGGACGCAUUGAUUUCUGAUUACUGCAUAUGGUGUCUUUGUUACAUGUGAACAAAAUGUGUUUGUUUAUCUCAGCAUGUUAUUGUACUAGCCAAGUCUAUUUUGAUAUAUACUUGUAUGAUAUUAGAGAUUGAUAUCUAACUUUUAUAAUUGUUACAAAGUACCAUGUAAUACAGAAAUGAGUACAGAAGGGGAAAAAUGAUGAAGUAUUUGCACUAGUCUUAAAUGAAAUUGCUUUUGUCUGGGCCAUAAAUAUUAUUUUGCUUGUUGUUAUGUCGAAAGUUUUGAUUUAAUUUCUUUCUCUUAGGAUUGCUCUGUACAAGCCAUGUGUCCUGUACUUUUAUUUUUGUUUCAACAUGCCAUAUAUUUUGCCUAAAGAGGUUUCACAAUGUUUUGUGAUAUUGUUUUACUUAAAGAGACAGGGGGAUAUACAUUUCAGUGGCAGUUUUCACAAAGACUUCCUCACAUAUACUUUAGAAAUGAGACCUAUGUAAUUAGGAAGCUGAAGUAUUAUGUGGAUAACGAUUUAACUGCCUAGGGUGCUUUGCAAAGAGUUAAAUGUAACUUAAAAGGUUUGCUUUAACAACAAGGCAUGAAUGGUAAUGAACCCUAUUGAUGACAGUAUUGUGCCUCUGGAGCAUGAUCAGACCAAUGCAGUGAUGUGUUGAUAAAUAAAUGUUAAAAGCAACUUUAAUUCACCCUUGAAAGUUUUGUUGAACACCCCCAGUUAAGUCUUUAUUUAUCCGGCUUGUUCAAACCUCUUAGUCAUCCUGGCCCAUUUUCACAAAACUGUUGGCAUCUUAAAAUCAUGGAAAUUCAAUGGAUGUCCAUAAAGAUAUAUCGACCUGGGUCCAUUGCAUGAUGGGCUAUUUCAAUUGACCCUUGGCUGCAUUCCUUUUAAAUAGCCUAUGAAAGUCUAUGAAGACUCCAAUCGUUAUGAAUUACAUGAAAAAGAACACGCAAAGCUUGUUUCUAGUUGGUGGUGUCUGAUGUAUCCUUUAAUGAAUAUUCACUUAACCUCAUUAGUUCAACAUUUCUUUUUUUUUAGUUGUGGGGCAUUUUACAUACUUUUUUAACCUUUGUUUUUAUUAAUUUCAAGUUUGGUGCAUUCAUUUGUAAAACCUCACGUGUGUGGCAUUUCAUAAAUAUGUGUUCCUGUGUUAAGAGAUUAUAUGCUAUGGAAUAGAGGCCAGUGCCUGGUCAGUUGUAUCAGCUCUUUAAUGAUUUUGUAAGAUUAUCAAAUGGAAGAGCUGUAAAUGCACUGUGUCCUUUCAAACAUUACCAUGAAUUUGAAAUAUAUGCAUGGACUAAAUCUUAUAUAAAUCAUGACCAAAAUCACCAAGUUCUCCUGUAUUAUGAUGGUUGCAUUGAUACGUUUUAGAUAAGGCCAGGGAAAGUAAAAAAAUUGAUAUUUUGAUACAUUUGUUUUCUACUAAAAUGUUAUUGCCAAUACUUGAAGUGAGUUAUGUAUCAGUAUGGAGAAAUGAUGUGGCAAGUCAUACAUACAUUGUACACAAUAUUUCUGUUCAAUAUAUUUGUUCAAAAAUUUGAUCAAGCCUUCACAAAUAUGAAAUUGGAAUUGAAAGAAUACAAGAGAUUCCUAUAAAUAUAUAGUACAGCCAUGUUUAUUUAUUGUUCAGUAUGUCAGGGUUUAAAAGAUUUAUAAUUGCUUGCCAUAAGCCGACAUUAAGUGUUGAUAUACAUCAUUAUUGUCCAUUGUUGCAUUGUUGCCCAUCUGUCAUAGAUCUCAUAGACAAGCAUUUUACUCUGUUGUUGCAUGGAGGAGGGGGUCGGAAUGUUCAAAAUCGUGUAUUAACAUUGAUGUAUCAGAGAUAGAGCCAGAGGAGAGAUUUGCUUUUAGGAGAACUAGAGAUUAUUGACAAGGUUUUCUAGUCCAUUUUAAACUUUAUUUUUUACCACAAACUCAUUGGUGUUGAGUGGAGAGUUGCGCUCUGUUCCUUGAUAGCACUUCACACAGCAAUGGUCAGUCUGGAAAGCACAAAGUACAGUUUAACUUUUAUUGGUUUAUCUCUUCCCCCUCAUCAUGGAAAUAGGUUUUUUUUUCAUUAUUGAAAAAACCACAUUGAAAAUGAAUGAAUUGGUAGAUUAGGGAAGAAGUAAUCAUUUGUUAAUGUGUAUUAUUGUGUGCUUGUUUGUAUGAGGUGAGGAGUGUGUUAAAGAGAGGAUGUAAUUAUUUUGUGAUAUUGGAUUUAAAGUGAUAUUUAAUUUUUAGACAGAAAUUCAUAGAUUACUGCAAGUAUCAAUCAAGUCAUAUUAACAAAAAAUGGGUUGUGUUUGAGUAUGUAGUUAAUGCAAUUGUACAGAGGAAUUCAUUUAGACUGAAAUCAUUAUAUGACUAUAAAUUUGCACAAGAACAAAUGUAGUAAAUAUGGAUUUGUAUUUGUAUCUUUAUGAUUUUCAUUCCAGAGAGUAUGUUUUUUGUUGUAAUUUUAAUUUUGGCAAUGCUUAUUACUUUAUAUUAUUGUGCACAGUUCAGAAGCUGCAAUUAAUAAAUGAAUAUUAUGCUUUCAAGGAAGUUAUAUUGAACUUCCUGGCAAGUAUAAGCCCUGUAUAAAUCAUAUUUUGAAGGAAAAAAAUGUUUUGGGCCAAGAAGGUGUAGAAUACUUUUAUUCACAAGUAGUCUAAUUCAUCAGCUUGAUGAUUUUUAUUUGGAAAAAGUGAGCUAUUGUGCAUAUGUAUAGCCACUUUAUGUAGUCCUAUGAUACAUAUUUUGUAUCAUAAUUGAUUUCUUAUUGCACUUUUAAAUAAGACACAACUUGAGAGAUAUCUUAUAGCAGUACUUACAUAAUUAAUAUAAAAGUAAUACGUAGAAAGUAAUGUCACAUUUCAUCUUUGCAUGUACUGUCCAGUCCACAAUAAAAAGUUGAUUUGAAUAAUUGGGGGGGAAAGGCACAUCAGCGUGACACUGAAAUUUUCAUCAAAAUCAGAUAUUAAAAAGUCGUAACAUUUCAAAGUUAGUAAAAGAGUGGAUGGUAUCACCCCCAACGCCUAUUUUGUAUUUUAUAUAUUACAGGGUAAUACUUCCUAGUAUGUAGUACUAGGUUUGGUUCCUCAUGAAAAAGUCAAAUCAUAAUGGUUUUAAAAUCAGUAUGAUUUGUUAGAGAUCCUCUUGAUCAUCAAAUCUAUAGAAUUGAGUUUUUCCACAUUUCAUACAUUAGAUAGGAUAUGAUGUCAUUGGCUCCUACCCCAUUUGCAUUCUGCCAGAGCAUGCAUAUAACUGUUUUCUGCAAAUUUUACAUCAGUUUUGGAUUAAUUUUCAAGAGAUGCUUGUCUAUUUUUGCUCUAUUAGUUCAAAUCAAUUUGUUAGGGGGAGGGGCAGACCGGCUACGCCUUCUUAAGGGGAAAAAGUGAAAGAAAGGAGUAGAAAAGCAAAGAAACCAAGAGUAUGAACAAAAAGAAGUAUGUAACUUCAUAUUAGUAUUACCCUGUAAUUCAAUAAAAUAGCAUCACCUUCAGGUCAUCUUGCCCCCAAUGAAACUACCUGGGAUCGUCCCCGAUGGGCCCUGGUUGUUAGGAUAGACUUGUCCUAUAAUUUACAUUACAUCCCAUUUCCUUCAAUUCUGGUACUCCUUUUACACACCUUUUGAAAUUGUGAUCUUAUGAAAAGUACUACAUAAUGAAGAGCUAGCAAUUACGGUGGAGUAGUUUAUUCAUUUUUUUUAUGCUUGAUAUUAUUGCUUCAUUAACAGUUCAUUUUGAAUGAUCUGAACAUUUAUAUGCAUGUAGUAGAUUUUUUUUUCAACUAUUAUUAUUUCCAAAAUAAACGACACCUACACUGGUUUGACAGAAUCAAUUAA